GGAUGAUCUAAAGACUCUGGGGUCUGUAUAUGGAAAUAGUGGGGUGCAGAGCAGAAGAAAAUACUUGUCCUUUCCGUCCCCCAGCCAUGCUUUUCCACGGGAUCUCCGGAGGCCACAUCCAAGGAAUCAUGGAGGAGAUGGAGAGGCGAUCCAAGACCGAGUCCCGCCUGGCCAAAGGGGGACAGAUGAACGGCCGUGAUACGAACAUGCCCCCCAUGAGCCCCGAGAAGCCUGCUUUGUGUGCUGGUUGUGGAGGGAAGAUCUCAGACAGAUAUUACCUGCUGGCUGUUGACAAACAAUGGCACCUCAGGUGUCUUAAGUGCUGUGAAUGUAAACUGGCUUUGGAGUCAGAACUCACCUGCUUUGCCAAGGACGGCAGUAUUUACUGCAAGGAGGAUUACUACAGAAGGUUCUCCGUGCAGAGAUGUGCCCGCUGCCACCUUGGGAUCUCAGCCUCUGAAAUGGUCAUGAGAGCCAGGGAGUCGGUUUAUCACCUGAGCUGCUUCACCUGCACCACCUGCAACAAGACUCUGACCACGGGCGAUCACUUUGGCAUGAAGGACAACCUGGUUUACUGCAGGGCCCACUUCGAGUCCCUUUUGCAAGGAGAAUACCCUCCUCAGCUGAGCUACACUGAGCUGGCCGCCAAGAGCGGAGGACUGGCCCUGCCUUACUUCAACGGCACCGGCACGGUCCAGAAGGGGAGGCCCAGGAAACGAAAGAGCCCUGCCUUGGGAGUGGACAUCGUCAGCUACAACUCAGGUUGUAAUGAGAAUGAGGCAGAUCACCUGGACAGAGACCAGCAGCCUUAUCCCCCAUCCCAGAAAACAAAGCGCAUGCGUACCUCCUUCAAACACCACCAGCUCCGUACCAUGAAGUCCUACUUUGCUAUCAACCACAACCCAGAUGCCAAGGACCUCAAGCAGCUUGCCCAGAAAACAGGCCUGACCAAGAGAGUUCUGCAGGGAGAACAAAUCAUGGGGCAUUACAGCCAAACAUCCCGACGUUUGAAAAUUCCCUAAAGUAUUAAAAGAAGGGGAAAAGUUUGAUCGGAAAUCCACUGCAGUGAAGACAAAGACAAUAUUAGGUUAUGAUAAUCAUACAUUUAAAAAUCUAUUGAGCCAAAAAAUAAAAAAUAAAAGACUCGAUGUAAUUUCCUGAAUGUUAACAAAACAUACGUUAUUUUAUGGUGUCUAAUUAACAGAACUGAAGGCUUCAACAAAUUGUGUGGUAUCAAAAAAAAUUUAGAGAACCUAUGUAUAAAACCAGAGCAACCUGGCAGCAAUCUACCCAGCCCAUAUUCGAAGAAACCUUUUCUUUUUUUUAACAAAUCACAUUUGUCAAGCACAAGUACUUGUAAAAUAAAAUCUGAGUGCAUUCAUUCCACUUGCUUGCUAAUGUGUACUAGUCAUAUCUGUUAAAUGGAUUUUUGUAAAUUCAAGGAGAACUUUUCACUCAUCUGAGAUCAUAGGAAUCAAAACCCAGUAACUUUAGUACUAUUG